CACCUCUUGGAAUCUAUUCAUCCAAAAAAAUCCUCUCCGAACCCAAUAUCUUCCAAGGGACCAAGAAUCAAACGUGGGCUCAUCAGCUAUAGCACUCUCCCUCCCUUAUGCGCCCUCGAUUGCUCGUCUGCUGUCGGCGGUCAGGUACUGCUCUGUAGCAGCGACGUCUUCUAUCAGGAGUUCCUGACUAAAAAUUAUACAGAACAUACAUGAAAGACUGUUUUCGGCCUGAAACGUGUGCAAGAGAGACUGUUGUGGACACUCUGUAGUCGUUUGACGUUCAUAUCUGCCAACAUUGGAUUGAAGGCUUAAGAGGCUAAGAAUGGAAUGGAGCUGCCAACAUUGGAUUUAAAGAUGUAGCAAGUCAUGUUCCCUUUGUUCACCAUUCAAGUGGUUGCGUAAUUGAAGCGAGCUAUCAUCUCUUAGUUGUGAGCGAAUUUUUAGUGGCAGGCAAAGAUAUGAAUGCUGCUCAAACACAAGAUAGUUUUAUAAUGAAGCCUAUUGAUCAAAGAGAGCGCACCAGAAGUCGUAAUGAUGUUCUGACUCGUCGCCUGAAGAACCGAGAACGACAACGUAGGUAUAGGGCCCGGAAGCGCCUUGAAGCAGAUAUGAAGAAGCCUAGCAUCAUAAAGCAAGCAACUCCACCACAAGUAGAAGUGCAAAUGAAUGGAUUUGUUAGCAAUUAUGUACCCCGUGUGCACUGUAAACGAGAUUGGAAAAAGGAUGCAAGGAGGGCUCGUGUUUCUGAGUAUCCUGAAGUUACACCUAAUGGUUGUGCUGUCCUUACUCCUAUGUCAACCAGUGAGAGUCAAACUGUGUUAUUAUCUGGAACUACGGCUGAGCCACUAUUAGAUAGUGAAACCCAUUCUGAGAUAUCUGUGAACCAGAAUAACUUUGAAAUGCAAAGACCCAAACUGUGUCGAAGAGAUUGGAAAGCUGAUGCAAGGAAGAAGAAAAACUAAAGCCGAUGGAAGAUAACUCCGAACUGUUCCAUUUUGAUGGGAUGGUAACUUUAUGCAUAUUGGGCAGAUGACUCCUAACUGUUCUGUUUUGAUGGUAUGGAGUUGGUAUUUUCUGUCUACACUUUCAACUUGUGCUCUUUACUGAUGUAUAAGGGAUGAGGAAAUAUGCAGCUAAGGUCUAAGUUGGUUAAGUAUUGGAUUUUGCAUAUGCGGAAGUCUAACAAUGACGGGAAAGGAAUCUUGGACAUUGAUACUGUUUUGGUUAGAAAAUCAGGUAAGUGGUUGAACUUGUUGUAAUGUAUGAUUACUGUCCACAAAGUAUAUAAAGACUGACACAAGAUGUUUCAUCUGUAAGGAGUGGGAUUUGAAUGUUUGCUUUUUUAAAAGCAAUGUAUCUUGGAUUGCAUCUGAAAUUUGUUUGACAUGAAUCUUAUCUAUGCAUGUGUUCAUAUUGAGUA